AUGACCGUGACAUUGAUUGGAGCAGUGGCAGUUGCAGAAGUACCCAUUAAGAUUAUCGAUCGACCAAUCAACAUGGUCACCACUAAACUAGUCACUCCGCUCCUACUUCUGUUCCUGGCCCUGGUAUCAGGCAGUACCAGUAUCAGACCGGGGAUCCCGAAAAACUCUUCCUCGGAAGAGGAGUCCUACAGCAGCAUUUCCAGGCUCAGACGCCUCGCAGUGGAGUUCUUCGAUCAAUAUCAGAACAUAACGAUUUUGGAUCUGUCCCCCGAUCUGUAUCUCGAUGUGCCUUCAGCCGAGGAUCUAAGGUGCCUGGCAGAUCUUCAGAUCCUGGCGAACGAUGUGGCGGCAGCAAAGAUAUGGGCCUUAAAAAUGAUCGACUCCUGGGGCUCCUUGCCAUCGGGAAUCCUGUACGGGAAUCUGAUCGAUCUGGGAAACUUUGACGAGUGCCUUGGCAUUGAUCACGUUGUUACCAGCAGUCACAGUGUCCAGGGACAGUACUGCCUCGCCAGGUUUCCACUGGCACCAAGUGUCUCCUCCUACCUGACCCUAAAGACAGCGGUCUGCUUUCCCGCCUCCUGCUCCUCCGCCCACAUGGACUCGAUGCUGCGAAGACUGUUACAGAAUCUCCUGGGCAUAGAGUUCGAUCCGAGUGAGUCACUGGUAAGGGACGAAACCUGCAAAACUGCUGAGCGAGAACCCUACGAUGGCCUCACCAUAUUCACCAUAGUCGUAAUAUCGAUAUUGGGUGCCCUAGUGGCCCUGUCCACUCUAUAUGACUACUUCGUGUGCCAGGAUGAAAAAACCCUUAAUCCCUGGAUCAAGGCCUUCUCAGCGCGUGCCAACUCCCGGGUUAUUUUCCGUUUAGUGGACACCAGGAGCAAUCCCAAUGUCAUAGACUGCCUUCAUGGAAUUCGGUGCCUCUCGUUCAUCUGGGUUGUCUACGGUCACGUUUACCUCGUCUAUGUGUAUGGUCCCAAUAUGAACUAUGUCAAAGUGAACACGUGGCGCAAAUCGGUGUAUAGUAUGUUAUUACAGCAUGCUGCUUACUCGGUGGACACGUUCUUCUUCUUAAGCGGACUUUUGCUGGUAGUUAUUGCCCUGCGAGCGAUGGAAAGGACUAAGGGAAAGCUCAAUGUGCCCCUGAUGUAUCUGCAUCGUUAUCUGCGUCUCACCCCGGUCCUGGCCUUGGCCAUUAUCGUCUACAUGAGGAUCCUGCCCCGAAUGGGCGAUGGUCCGCUGUACGGAAAAGUCAACUUUGAUGAUUACACCUUGUGCGAGAACACCUGGUAUUGGACCCUCUUGUAUGUCCAGAACUAUGCCACCCACGAAAUCUGCCUGGGUCAUUCCUGGUACCUUUCCGUCGACAUGCAGCUCUACGUCAUUGCACCUGUAGUGCUGAUCGGCCUUUUCAAAUGGAAAAAGAAGGCAGUCGCCGCGAUCUUUGUUGUAAUGCUGCUCCUGGCCGCUUGUCUCUUCAGCACGAUGGUUAUUGGGGACAUUUCCCUCAUUGCCGCGACCAACGAUGCUAUGAAAAAGAUCUACUUCGCCACCCACACUAGGGCGUCCCCAUAUCUCAUUGGCAUCCUGUUUGGGUACUUCCUUCAUGUCAACCGUGGCAAGUCCUUCAAGCUGAGCCGCAUUGCAGUCAUUCUGGGCUGGCUAUUGAGCCUGGCUCUGCUCUUCAGCUGCCUAUUUUCGGUCUUCAAAUACGCCAAGGAGACGGAAACACCGCCAAUUCUAGAGGAGGCCUUCUACCUGACCUUCACCCGGAUGGCCUGGCCCCUGGGUCUCUGCUGGGUGGUCUUUGCCUGCAUGCAGGGCUACGGGGGACUGGCCAACAGCUUCCUGUCCUCCCCACUGUGGCAGCCCAUGUCGAAGCUCUCAUACUCCGCCUACAUUUUCCACAUGUUCAUCGAGAGCCUCAACGGCGGCCUUACGCGUACCAACACCUACUUCACUGACUACCAAGUGAUGCUUCGUUUUUGGGGUGACUUUGGAUUCACUAUGCUUUUGGCCUUUUUGGCGUAUAUCCUGAUUGAGGCGCCCUUCGGAAACUUGGAAAGCCUCUUGUUGCCCGUAAAGAAGCCCAGUCCCCCAGCUGGGGAGUCGAAGUCCAAGACGGAAUCACUAGGACAUACUGCACCUGUUCCUCCGCUCGAAACUAAAUCACCCCUUCCGUAA